AUGGCACCUGUAAGAACUAACAGAGAGAUCUUAACAGGGGGUAAGAAGUAUGCCCAAAAGCAGGCCAAGAAGUAUGGGGUUGAUGAAGUAGUAUUUGAUAAAGAUUCCCGUCAAGAAUACUUGACAGGGUUUCAUAAAAGAAAAUUGCAAAGACAGAAGAAAGCACAAGAGUAUAAUAAGGAGCAAGAUAGGUUAGCUAGGAUAGAGGAAAGAAAGAAGAUGAGAGAGGAAAAGAAAAAGGACAUUGAAACGCAACUUAAGAAGUUCAACGAGACAGUCAAGGAAAUAACUCAUUUCAAUGAUAGUGAAGACGAAGACAGCACUAAAGAAAAUGGCGAGGAAGAUGAUGAAAACUGGACUGGUUUUGGAGAGGAUACUGGCAGUGACCAAAAUACGGAUGAAAAUUCCACGAGUGCACCAAAGCAUAAGCAUAAUCUUCCAAAAGGAAUUCUUCAGCAUAAAGAAGUAUACAAAGUAGACGAAGAACAACUUUUACCCGAUUCCAAUGCAAUAAUAGACGAUGAAACAACUGUGACCGUCGAAUCCAUAGAUAAUCCUGCCAUUGUGAAUGCUCAACAAACAGAUUUGCAUGAGAUUGCUAAAGCUAAUAAUGUUAACUUGAAGAAAUCUGAGGAAAUACUAGAUGAGUCUAUAAAGAGGGCUAAGAAUUAUGCUGUCCUUUGUGGUGUAGCUAAACCUACAAACAAAGACAAAGUCAAGAAGAAGAAGUUUAGAUAUUUGACUAAAGCUGAGAGAAGAGAAAAUACCAGAAAAGAAAAAUCAAAAAAAUUCACUAGCAAGAAGAAAUAA